AUAAGCGCGUAAUUUUGAAAGAAGACUAAAUUUUGUAUUUCAGAUUGAAUGACACACCAUGGAGAAAAGAGAGGAAUUACUUGGUAUUUCAUCGAGGAAUGCCUCCAAGGACUUGCUAACAUUUGUUUCUCAGCACAAGAGGAGCGUGACAGACAUUUUUGAUGGGCUGACAAAGAAACAGACAGAGGAGCUAUGGACCGGCCUGAAUCAGAUGUGUGCUACCACCCUGCUGACCCUUGACCUCGCUCAAGAUGACCACCUGGAAGGGGAGAUGCAGGUUGUCUUGGAGACGAUGGAAUGUUUUGUUCUCCUGGCUCAUACUACAAUAAAACAGACCUCACCCCACAUAACACCAGACCUGAUGUCAACAGCCUGUGUAUUACACGAGCUCCUCCUACACAUGCCUGACACGGCUGACCGACUGAAGCACAACACGGCGGGGCUGUUUGAGGAUUGGUGGAGACUGGGGUUGGAGGGGAGGUUUGACCUGGUCACUAACACCAUCAUCUACCUUCUACAGCGGAGCCUAUCUAAUAAAGGGAAUGCAGCAAGCGUUAAGAGAGUGUGGGCCCUACACUCAGCCCUGGAGAUGGUGGACAUGUCCAAUGAAAGUAGUUCUAUGUUCUUUGAUCUCCUUCAGCAGGCCAUCGUUAACAGCAAUUACCUGGGAACAGAGGAGGGCUGUCGAUUUCUGGGAUUCAUUAUGACAUUAGAUGUCACCUUGACAGACUGCCUCCAUAGGUGUAUCAAAAACCACAUCCCCACUGCUCCAAGUUCCUGGUUGGAGAGGUUUGGUGAGGUGUAUUUCAGAGCCUGGUCAGCAGAAUCCAACCUUACAGAGAAGCUUGAAAUGGACUGUAUACAAGAUCUGAUGAAUCAUGCUGUACACGCCCAGAAAUCACUGACACCAGCCAUCAGAAAGGUGUUAACGUACAUCCACCAGCAGAAGAAGAAGAAUGGAGUAGAUGCCAUGUUACUGAAUCUGUAUGAACCUUUUCUGUGGAGAUCCCUUAAGGUCGCUAACCCAGAAGUUCGUGGUAAUGCUGCCUGGCUGUUAGUGGACGCGUUUCCUCUUCUGGAUCCAGACUUCAACUCCGAGGAGAAAGACCUGCUGCUACAGAAACAGUUUGAUCUCUUACUGAUGUUACUAGAGGACCCUGUCCCUGCUAUCAGAAGUCAGACGGUGCUGGGCGUCUUUAGAAUCAUGUCUCUGUUCUGGGAGCUGAUGCCGUCCGUCACCAUUAAGAACAUUGUUACCAAGGUGAUUCAGGACCUGGCUUUUGAUUCGACGUCUGCUGAUGUCAGAGAGAGUGUCAUAAAGGGCCUGACCAAUCUAGUGGACAACCAUCUCUGUCAUCUGAUGCUGAAACCAAUUCUCCCCCAGCUACACAACCACAUACACGAUACCUCAGAGAAGGUCAGAGUCGCCAUGGUCAACCUCAUGCUGAAGGUCAAAGGGGUCAGGGCCAUCAAGUUCUGGGAGGUGGUGCCGGUGGAGCACCUAUUGGCUCGCCUGGAGAUAGACUCUGCCCCCGUGGUCCGUCGUCUGAUGACCCUCCUAUUCCCGAGCUUCCUCCCCCUGGACAAGAGUGACCAGGAACAGAUCCCUCGAUGUGUGGCCCUGAUACAGACAAACCCCGGGGCAGCCAGGGUGUUCUACCGCAACGCUCAGUACUUCAUGGACGUCCAACAGACAGCUUCCUACAUGAUCACGCUAUGUAGAAAGAUUUUGGAAUGUAUUCGAGAGGAGCGAAGAAGAAAUGAUGCAGCAGACAACUCGCUGAGUGAUGCUCACAAUAGUGAGGAGGAAGAGGAAUUGACAGUUCACAACACGACUGUGAUGAAGGGACUGAUUGAAGUCAUCGUCAUCUUGUGGUACAACAUCUCAUCCCGACUUCAGGAAAGUAAGCAUAAGAAAAUAGAACAGGAUCUUCAGCAGAAAUUUUGCCUGGCAGUUCCUGAGAUGUUGAAAACAUUUGAGGACCCUGAGAUCUCCUUGGCUGUCAUUUUGUUGGCAGGUCACCUGCCCUCCAGUUCCGUGCCACUUCUCAGCCGUAGCUGUUUGUCC